AUGAAGACCGCCCUUAUCGCCAUUACCCUUCUCUGUCUCGCGCUCGCUAGCAUUGUGGUGAUGGGAGACGAACUGGAGGAGCAGCAGCAGCAACCGCAGUGGGCGGUGAAGGUGGAGGAGGGACACAAUCCCGACGAGGUGGCCGAGCAGCACGGCUUCAUCAACCUUGGCCCCGUGGCCAACCUCAAGAACUACUUCCUCUUCGAGGCCAGGCACCAGAACAAGCGUUCCACCCAACACGCCGCCACGUCUCUGGCCGAGCACCCCGGAGUAUCAUGGAUGGAGGAGCAGGAGGUGAAGCAGCACGAGAAGAAGAGGAGGAACUAG